GCGUGCUGCGGUCAAGAUGGCGGCGUCCAGCCGCGCGCAGGUGCUGGACCUGUACCGCGCGAUGCUGCGGGAGAGCAAGCGCUUCGGCGCCUACAAUUACCGAACUUACGCCAUCAGGAGGAUAAGAGACGCCUUCAGAGAAAACAAGAAUGUGAAGGAUCCUGUAGAAAUUCAAGACCUGGUGAAUAAAGCCAAAAGAGACCUGGGCAUAAUCCGUCGGCAGGUCCAUAUUGGCCAGAUGUAUUCGACCGACAAGCUUGUCAUUGAGAAUCAAGAGAAGCCCCGGGCCUAGGAGCCGGGACCAGCCUCCAACAGCAGCGUGGACCACCGGCAGCAUCUGUUCUGUUUGCCGUGGGGCCCCUAGCAGACCUCAAGGGGCCCCUGCAUCAGCUUUAAAUAUCCUCACUCUGCCUGCCCUCCAGGAACUGAUGAACUGAGCGAAGUGUCCCCUCUUCUGCAGCCUUAGUGACAGAGGUCAGCUGUCGCUGGCUGUCCUCAGUUCAAGCGUCAGGAUGAAGAGCUGGAGCGCCUCGAGGGAAGGCGGUGUACAGUGGUGUCUCGUCCACCCCACCCCUCUCUGUGGCUCCGCAGCACCUGUAUAAAGCAUUUCCAGACGUGUUUCUCAGUCCUUGACAAUAAAUGAAAGCGUCUCCCUGGCCUUCUCUACCAGAAA